GGACACCGCUGCGGAGGGGCCGCCCGCCUGGCCGCGCGGCCGCGAAGACCCGGGCAGCUGUGUCCGGCAGGCCCGGACUUCAGGCCUCAGCUGACCCCCAAGGUUCCUGUGGGGAUGGGUGAAGCCCAGGGGGCCGCCUAGGGCCCCCGGCGUCGGUGCGAAGAUGCACCUGUCGGCCGUGCUCAACGCCCUGCUGGUGUCGGUGCUGGCGGCCGUGCUCUGGAAGCACGUGCGCCUCCGCGAGCAUGCGUCCACGCUGCAGGAGGAGCUGGCGCUCGGCCGGCAGGCGCCCGAGCCCGGCCUCGCGCUGAGGAUCGACUACCCCAAGGCCCUGCAGAGGCUGGCGGAGGGCGGCACGCACAUGGUGUGCACGGGCCGCACGCACACCGACCGCGUGUGCCGCUUCAAGUGGCUCUGCUACUCCAGCGACGCCGAGGAGUUCAUCUUCUUCCACGGCAACGCCUCGGUCAUGCUGCCCAACCUGGGCGCCCGGCGCUUCCAGCCCGCCCUGCUCGACCUGUCCACCGUGGAGGACCACAACACCCAGUACUUCAACUUCCUGGAGCUGCCCGCCACCGCGCUGCGCUUCCUGCCCAAGCCGGUGUUCGUGCCCGACGUGGCCCUCAUCGCCAACCGCUUCAACCCCGACAACCUCAUGCACGUCUUCCACGACGACCUGCUGCCGCUCUUCUACACGCUGCGCCAGUUCCCGGGCCUGGCGCGGGAGGCCCGCCUCUUCUUCAUGGAGGGCUGGGGCGAGGGCGCCCACUUCGACCUCUACAAGCUGCUCAGCCCCCGGCCGCCGCUGCUGCGGGCGCAGCUCAAGACGCUGGGCCGGCUGCUGUGCUUCUCCCAGGCCUUCGUGGGCCUCUCCAAGGCCACCACCUGGUACCAGUACGGCUUCGUCCAGCCCCAGGGCCCCAAGGCCAACAUCCUCGUCUCGGGCACCGAGAUCCGGCAGUUCGCCCGCUUCCUGACCGAGCAGCUGAAUGUGAGCGGUACGGGGCCUCCCCUGGGCGAAGAGUACAUCCUGGUCUUCAGCCGCACGCACAACCGGCUCAUCCUGAACGAGGCGGAGCUGCUGCUGGCGCUGGCCCAGGAGUUCCAGGUGAAGACGGUGACCGUGUCUCUGGAGGACCAUGCCUUCGCGGAUGUGGUGCGGCUGGUCAGCAACGCGUCCAUGCUGGUCAGCAUGCACGGGGCGCAGCUGGUCACUGCCCUCUUCCUGCCGCGGGGGGCCACGGUGGUGGAGCUCUUCCCGUUCGCCGUCAACCCCGACCACUACACGCCCUACAAAACCCUGGCCCUGCUGCCCGGCAUGGACCUGCAGUACGUCGCCUGGCAGAACACGCUGCCCGAGAACACGGUCACGCACCCGGAGCGGCCCUGGGACCAGGGGGGCAUCGCGCACCUGGAGCGGGCCGAGCAGGCCCGCAUCCUGCAGAGCUCAGAGGUCCCGAGGCACCUGUGCUGCCGGAACCCGGAGUGGCUCUUCAGGAUCUACCAGGACACCAGGGUGGACAUCGCAUCCCUCAUGCAGACCAUCCGGCGGGUGGUGAAGGGCCGGCCGGGGCCCCCGAAGCACAAGUGGACCGUUGGCUUCUACCCGGGCAAGGUACGGGAGGCGCGAUGCCAGACGUCGGUGCAAGGCGCCUCCGAGGCCCGCCUCACCGUCUCCUGGCAGAUCCCCUGGAACCUCAAGUACCUGAAGGUGCGGGAGGUGAAGUACGAGGUGUGGCUGCAGGAGCAGGGCGAGAACACCUACGUGCCUUACAUCCUGGCCCAGCAGAACCACACGUUCACCGACGGCAUCAAGCCCUUCACCACCUACCUGGUGUGGGUCCGCUGCAUCUUCAACAAGAGCCUCCUGGGACCCUUUGCAGACGUGCUGGUGUGCAGCACGUAGCCAGCGGGCCCUGGUGGGGCCUUGGGAGGGGGACUCCUCCUGCCCAGCCCUCCCUGAGCUGCCCCCUGCCCCACUGCUGUGGUACCCGGGGUUGAUGGAUUUAUUUAUUUAUUGGGAAGGCCUGGCCCAGGGCAAGGCCACAGCGUCCUCGCUUGCAUCUGGUGUGUGAUAUGGGACUGUCCCGCGCCACCCCCCCAUCCAUCUCCCCACCUAAGCAUCCAUCCACCUGUGUCAGUUCUUUCGCGGGGUGGGGGCAGGAGAACGCCCAGGUCACCCCUUUGCUGAGUGACCCUGCCCUUCCCGGAGGAGCCCUUUCUGGUUAGCCUCUAGGUGCCUGGAAACAGAGCAGUCAAGGAUGAGGGGUAGGUGGCUCAUCCAUUUCCAUCAGUAUGAAAUUCGCCUGUAGCCCAGUGGAGGGUGUAUUUGGAACAUUCAUUAAAUGGUGAUAAACAUCUUG